AUGGCGCCGGUUCUCCGUCGACAAGCUCACCGAGCGGGUCGGAGCCACAGCACGACCACAACCACGACCCGGGCCAUACUCCGAACCUCAUCAGCCUCGGCGGACCAAAAUCCCACUGCCGCCCAACAACGCGCACAAAAGAAAUGGAAUCACUUCCGCCGAUAUGCCUCCGAGUCCCCCUACCCCGAUUUCAGUGAGCCCUCGCCGGAAGAGUGUUACCGCGUCAACCGCAUCCUGACCAAGCUGCACGGUCCCCGCGAUCCGCUCUCCAGCGAGUUCCCGGACGUUCUCCACGGUCUCAUCUACGGUGUCUUGUGCCAAGCAACCAACGAGCGGAACGCAAUCCGCCAGGUGCAUGGCUUGGAUAAGGUCUACGGGUCCUGGAGGAACUUUUCCGCCAUCGCCGAGGGCGGCGAGUCCAAGCUUCGAGAGACCCUGGCCUGUGGCGGCCUGCACGAGCGGAAAUCGCGCAUGAUCUUGAAGAUCCUACAGCAGGAACUCCUCUCUUAUUAUGGGGUCGGUCCCAUAACCGCCAGCUGCGUGCUUGCCUUGACGCUGCAGCGCCAGCGUUUUGUGGUUGAUACUCACAUCUACCGGCUGACCGGAGAACUGGGCUGGAGGCCCUCCCAGGCAUCCGCGGAGCAAGCCCGCGCCCAUCUGGAGCAGAGGAUACCCGACGGUCUGAAGUAUUCUCUGCAUCUGCUGUUCAUUUCCACAUGGGAGAGAAUGUCCACGCUGUCGUGCCGGUCGUGA